UGAUUGGGCGAGGGCGCCGAAGCUCGCGCUCCGUCGGUUUGCUCCCUGGCUCGCGCUCGGCCUCUGUUUGCGUGAGGAGAAAGGAGGAGGAGGAGGGGGGAACGGAAGGGCCUCUUGACGCGGAUGCCGACACAAGGAGGAGGAAAGCGGGCCUAAGCGGAGGAAGAAGCGGCGGAGGAGCUGAAGGAACCAACAGGCGCGCGCGGCGGAGGGAAGAAUCUCUCCUCUCUCUUUCUCCCUCAGCCGUUCGUUCGCUCCUGCCCUCCCGCCGGUGGUUGGUUCCUUCCCGGCUCCUUCGGCGCUGUGAAGGGAAGGCGGAUGGCGGCAACAUCCGGGGCCUCCGGGGUGGCGGCAGCGGCGGCCGUCGCCGUCGGAGGUGGUGGAGGUGGGUCCGUCGUCGCCACCGCCGCCGCCCCGGCUCUCUACGCCUGCACCAAGUGCAACCAGCGCUACCCGUUCGAGGAGCUCUCCCAGGGACAGCAGCUCUGCAAGGAAUGUCGCAUUGCACAUCCCAUGGUAAAAUGUACUUACUGUCGAUCAGAGUUUCAACAAGAGAGCAAAACCAACACAAUAUGCAAGAAGUGUGCCCAAAAUGUAAAGCAAUUUGGAACGCCGAAACCUUGCCAAUACUGUAACAUCAUUGCAGCGUUUAUUGGCACAAAAUGUCAGCGCUGCACAAACUCUGAGAAGAAAUAUGGACCCCCUCAAACAUGUGAACAAUGCAAGCAGCAAUGUGCUUUUGAUCGCAAAGAGGAAGGAAGAAGAAAGGUUGAUGGGAAGCUGUUGUGUUGGCUCUGUACGCUGUCCUACAAGAGAGUACUGCAGAAGACCAAGGAACAGAGGAAGAGCUUAGGGUCUUCACAUUCUAAUUCCUCCUCCACAUCUCUUACUGAAAAAGACCAGCAUCAUUUGAAACACCAGCGCCAUCGCCAUCACCACCACCGUCACAGCAGCGGCCAUCACAAAAUCAGCAGUCUGAGUCCAGAGCAAGAUCAGGGAUUGUGGAAACAGAGCCAUAAAUCCUCUGCAGCUAUUCAGAAUGAAACUCCAAAGAAAAAGCCCAAAAUGGAAUCCAAGCCAUCUAAUGGAGAUAGCCCACACUUUUCUUUUUACAGUAGUUCUAUAAAUCAGUCAGCAGACAGCGGAGGUACUGACAACUUUGUCCUCAUUAGUCAGCUGAAAGAAGAAGUGAUGUCACUGAAACGCCUCUUGCAGCAAAGAGAUCAAACAAUUCUGGAAAAAGAUAAAAAGUUGACAGAGCUGAAGGCAGACUUUCAGUACCAAGAGUCCAACUUGAGAACAAAGAUGAACAGCAUGGAGAGAGCUCAUAAAGAAACUGUGGAACAGCUACAGGCAAAAAACAGAGAACUGCUCAAACAAGUUGCGGCUUUAUCAAAGGGCAAGAAGUUUGACAAGAGUGGGAGCAUACUCACAUCUCCAUGAAGUGCUGGCUGUUUGCAUGGGUGUUAAUAUUCAAAAGGUAAAUGACUCUGUGGAAACUCCUUAGAAGCCUGUGUAGUGGAAAAAAGGAAUAUUUUUGCACACAGAGUAGUUGGCAUGUUUCCUACACCUUUUUGUAACUGAUAAUGCAGUGGAACUUUUUUUUUCCUUUUUAAGUUUAAGCCAUUUGGAUUAAAAUACUUCAGCUGGCUUGAAGAAUGCUUUUUAAAAAGAAUUUAUACAGGAGAGGACUUCUUGCCAGUUACUGGUAAUCAGUAAGAGUGCUCUUAUUUUUAACCACAUCAUGCAAUAACAUAUGCAAGGCAGCAGUUUGAGGGAGCAGUCCAUCAAGUAUGGCUAUUGUGCAGAAUCAUUAAUCUAAAUUGGAUUUAUGCAGGACACCUAGGCAAAAGCAGAACUUGCCCAGGAGCUGGGCAGAUCCACAUCAAGAAAAAUAAUGGUCAACCAUAUCAGUAUUCCAGCAACAACUAGCUUGGAAACAGAAACUGGAGCACUAAAUGCCUGACAAUUGUGCAUUAUCUUUUGGUCAAAAUAAGAGUACAUUGAAAGUCUAAAAUCAUGGUGCUUUUAUGACAAGAAGCUUAUUACCUAUAAAUAUGUAAAAGAAUUUUAACAGUUCUAUUCUUAGUGAUAACUGGUGUUUUACAUUUCUUGUGAUAGAAAUUUAAAGAGAUAUUCCCUAUUGUAAGUAUCUGAACAAAACGUGUUUUUUGAAAAUUUACUGUAGACUUUUUCUCUUGCAAGUGCCUUUUCUCCUAACUUUAUUAUUUAUAGGAAUGUUGGUAUUUUGUAUAUAAAGUUUUUCUUUUUUUAAAAAAAAUCAUGUUUAAAUGUUCCUUUGUGGAUGUAUAUAAAUAAAUGUAUGUACAGAAUAAUCAGAUGUUAAGAUCAGAGUUGUUUAGGAUGCUAGAGAAGGUGUUAAGAUCUGGCAGGAAAGGAAUAUUGGCUGUACAUAAUUGUAACAGAUUUGUCUGUGUAGAAGGUGUUUGUCUUAACUCAUGUUGUGCCUAACUUAAUUUUUUUCCUCCCACACACUAAACUGUAGGGCUUCUAAAAUAUAUUUCACCUUUUAUCUCAGUGCUAAUUUGCAUAAUAUUCCCUGUGGCAUGUUCUAGAUUGAAUGACGCAGGAACAGUAUUUGAGCUAAUGUAACUCUUUGGCAAUUUCUUUUAAUAACUUUCAUUGUACUAUGCCUUUUUAAACUGCUGGGAGAA